AUGACGCAGUCAGUGUGUAAUUACUGUGGCUCAACACAGAUAGAAAUAUACCAGCACCUGGGCGAGCUCCUCUGCCAAGAUUGCGGAGCAGUCCUCCAGGAGAACGCAGUCCUCGAGGGGAUCCAGUACUCGGAAACGCAGACUGGCAGCACAGCGCUCGGCCAGUUCAUUCCGACUGCCGGCUCGCGGAGACUGACGCUGGCGUACGGCUCCUGGCAGAGCAGGGAGCAGGUGAUAAACAGAGGCUACCACAACAUUCAGAGAAUCGCAGACUACCUGCGCCUGUCGGAGCAGCAUGUGGAGGCGGCGAAGAGAAUAUACCUGCUGGCCGUCCAGAGGAACUUCACGAUGGGCAGGAACAACCUGCACGUGGCCUCGUGCUGUCUGUACACGAUCUGCAGGCGCGAGAAGACGCCACACCUGCUGAUCGACUUCUCGGACAUCCUGCAGACGCCGGUGAAGACCAUCGGCCAGAUCUUCAUGAAGCUCGUGCGAAUGCUGCACAUCUCGGUGCCGAACGUGGACCCGUCGAUAUUCUUCGAAAGGUUCGCCACGCAGCUGCACCUGAAGGACAACAUUCAGAAGAUCAUCGUGACGGGCAACCGCAUAAUUCAGGCGAUGAACAGGGACUGGAUAUGCACGGGUAGGAGGCCGACUGGGCUUUGCGGAGCUGCGCUGGUGGUGGCCGCGAGGUUCCACGGAAUUCACCUCUCGGCGGAGGCGGUCUCCUCGGUUGUGAGGAUAUCGCACCCGACGAUCCUGAAGAGGCUCUCCGAGUUCAAGGAGACGAGCACUGCCCACCUCAAGGUCUCGGAGUUCGACAAGGUCGACCUGGAGUCGCUGCCGAAGCUCAACCUGCCCCCCUGCCUGCUCUCGAAGCUGGCUGCCAAGAAGAAAGCGCUCCAGGCUCUCAAGAAGGGCGACGCGGGCGCCGACUCCGACUCCACCUGCUCCGACUUCGACCGCCUGAGUUGCCUGAACUCGGGCGCUAACUCGCCCAUUGACACCAUUAACCUCAACGUUGCGAACGACAUUCUGUGCUCAGAUGAGCCGACCCCGACGCAAAUCGACUCGAUUGCGCGCUCGAUAAUCGAGUCGCUGACCAACUACUCGGACUCGCCCAACGGGGACACUGUGACCCCGGAAAGGACAACUCAGAACACCUUCGACAAGUCGGACGCGACCGACAAGACGCUGUCGAGCGAGUAUGCCGGCAACGAGGAGGAGCUCUGCGAGCUCAGCAGCGACGACGAGGACGACGUGGCCGUCUUCAGCGAGAUGAUUCUGCCCGAGUCGGAGAAGCGCGCGAAGACGCUCCUGUGGGACGAGGUAACCAAGGACAUAAUGCCCCAGGUCUGGCGCAGGCAGAUGGAGCGUAAGAGGCGCGAGCAGCUGGGCCAGGUGCUGAAGAAGCGCAAGUACUGCAGGAGGGUCUACUCGGACUACCCGGAGGCCCAGGACGCCGUCGAGUCCGCGCGGAUGGCUCUGCAGAGGCACGCCAAGGGCUUCAUAAGCCACAUCAACAACGACGUGUUCAACUCUCUGCUGUCCCAGGGGUCUUAG